GUUGUGAUAUAUAUAUGUGUCGGUGGUACUGUUAGCUUCUAGAACUACGUGUAAUGCACAACAUUUAGUGUACAGUUCACAGUAGAAGCAUCUUUAGUUUAACAACUUUGUUUGCAACAGUAUCGUGUACAUCAUUAUUUUAUUGUUAGCUUACGAAGAAUGUCAUCGUGUGUAGAAAAAGCUAGGAAGCGUUGUACUUUCUUGUCGAUUCCUGUAAACGGUAAAAAGGUUGCAUCAUUUGUGGCUACGUUUGUGUUAACAAGUGGCUUGUUUUAUAGUAUACUAUUUUUUAUUCAAGAGCACAAGAUGCAAAGAUUACAGCAAAGAGGUAACGAGAUCGAAGAUAACUAUAAGCUUCUGAAGACGUACAUCCGGCAUCCUUCUACUCUUUGUGAAUCUGCUUUGUCCGUCGGAGGAGUGCCACUUCAAGAAGAUAAAAUUGACGGGGAUAAAGUGAUCUGUUUAACACCUGGUCCAGGUCUUCGGCCAAACUGUACUGUUUACUCAUUCGGGAUAAAUGACGAAUGGUCAUUUGAAAAGGACAUGGAACGGUUUGGUUGCCGGGUAUUUGCUUUCGACCCUAGCAUGAACGUAAAAGACCAUCAAUACAGCCAAAACAUUUGGUUUUACAAACUAGGGAUCGCUGGAGAGAAUACUGACAGAUUUUACAUUGAAGAAAAGUCAGCAUGGAAGAUGAGAACAUUAUGGAAGAUGAGAACAUUAAAAACCAUCAUGAAAAGGUUAAGACAUGAAAACCAGGUGAUAGAUGUCCUGAAGAUGGACGUGGAAGGCGCUGAGUGGGACGCCAUUGAGGAGAUGCUAGAGUAUGAUGCGUUGCAGAGAGUUUAUCACCUGUGCAUUGAAAUCCACCUCCACUUCGACGUAGACUUUGACCGAAAAUUAGCGUUAUUACAACGUCUUGAAAACGAGGCUGGUUUCAAAUUCUUUAGUUCCAGACCCAACCUCAUUGCAAAACCCAAAAAAGUUCCCGGAUUAAAUGAAACGGAUCAGCUAUUUUAUGAAUUAGCUUGGUUUAAAGACAUUAAGUCCCAUUAACAUUUUAUAUUUUGUAUAUUUCUAAAGAUUUCCACGUUUACCUUGUAACAGUGAUUCUUACAAAAUGUUAACUUUUGAUCA